AUGGAAGGCGAAUUCGAGAUGAGCAUGGUUGGAGAACUAAAUUACUUCAUAGGUCUGCAAAUCAGACAACAAGACAAUGGGAUUUUUAUAUCACAAAGCAAAUAUGCAAAGAAUCUUGUUAAGAGAUUCGGACUAGAAGAAAUCAAAGUUGUCAGAACACCUGUUCUAACAACAGAAAGGAUUUCAAAAGAUUUAGAGGGUAAAAAGGUUGAGCAAACUCUAUAUCGAAGCAUGAUAGGAGGCCUAUUGUACUUAACUGCAAGUAGACCAGACCUAAGCUUUGGAGUAGGAAUAUGUGCUAGAUAUCAAGCCAAUCCCACCGAGCAACAUCUAAAAGCAGUAAAGAGAAUCAUUAAAUAUGUCAAAAGAACUACCGACUUAGGAAUAUGGUAUUCUUUCAAUACCAAUCCUCACCUGGAAGCUUAUUAUGAUGCUGAUUGGGCAAGAAACAUAGAUCACAGGAAAAGCACCUCAGUAGGAUGUACCCUAAAUCUCUCUGCAUAUCUGUUUGAGGAUCCACUAUACUGUUUGCCAACUGUAGACAAUCCGGGGAACCAUGUCAACCACGAUCCAAAUUUAGAUGCCCUACAUCGUGACCGAACCCCAAUUCUGCCUUCCCCAAACAGCUUCGAAAGAGACCUACACCAGUUCUCUGAAGGGGAAGAAGAAACAGAGGCACCAAAGGGAUGA